AUGAAAAAGUUAUUGUUUUCGUUGAUCACACUGUUAAGUUCGGUCGUGGCCCUCGACAACGGAUUAGCGCUUACCCCACCAAUGGGCUGGCUCACGUGGGAAAGGUUUAGAUGCAUCACGGAUUGCCAGAAGUAUCCUAAGGAGUGUAUAAGUGAAUUUUUAAUUAGGCGAAUGGCGGAUAUUAUGGUGAAGGAUGGUUACCUGGAGGCCGGUUACAACUACGUUGCCAUUGACGAUUGCUGGUUAGAGAUGGAGCGCAGUUCCGACCACAGAAUGGUGCCGGACCGUAAACGGUUCCCGAGCGGUAUGAAGUCACUCGCAGACUACGUACACGGGAAGGGGUUAUUGUUUGGAAUUUAUCAAGACUACGGAACGUUGACUUGUGGUGGAUACCCAGGAGUACUAGGGUACGAGGAGAUCGACGUAAAGACCUUCGCCGAAUGGGACGUGGAUUACGUUAAAUUGGAUGGAUGCUAUGUUAACACAACCCAGAUGGAUACUGGGUACCCUGCAUUCGGGAAGUUGUUGAAUGAUACCGGACGUCCAAUGUUAUACUCAUGUAGUUGGCCAGCAUACCAGGAUAAGCCCAAUUACGAUUCAAUCGCCAAGCACUGUAACCUAUGGCGCAACUGGGGGGACAUUCAAGACUCCUGGACGUCAGUGAAGAGCAUCAUGAAAUGGUUCGCCGAGAGCCAAGACGAGCUGGUGAAACACGCAGGACCCGGCCACUGGAACGAUCCCGAUAUGCUUAUCAUCGGCAACUACGGCCUAUCGCUGGACCAAGCCCGCGUGCAGAUGGCAGUGUGGUCGGUGUUGGCGGCGCCACUGCUGAUGAGCGUGGACUUAGCCACUAUACGGCCAGAAUUUAAGGAGGUGCUAUUGAAUAGAGACAUCAUCGCAGUCGACCAAGACCCCCUCGGCAGGCAGGGGCUACGUGUUUGGAACGGCUCGAAAUGCGAGAUCUGGACACGCGAACUGGUCGAUGGAUCUUACGCAGUUGCGUUCGUAAACCUGAGGGAGGACGGCGUUCCGUACACGUUGCAAGUGAGUCACGACCAGAUGAGGAUACCGCAGAAGGCUUACGAAGUACAGGAUCUUUAUAAGGACGAGGGGAAGAUAAUGUAUUCGGCAGGCGAAAAUUUCGAAACACGGAUCAAUCCUACUGGUGUACGUUUUUAUAAAUUUAUGCCAUUUGUUUUGAAGCAA